AUGGGCAUGGAUCACUCGCACAUGAACCACGGCCACAUGGGCCACGACAUGCCCGGCAUGGGCGGCGACGGACCCAAGUGCAACAUGAACAUGCUGUUCACCUGGGACACGACCGAUCUCUGCAUCGUCUUCCCCUCAUGGCACAUCUCCGGCACGACCUCGCUCGUCUUCUCGCUCCUCGCCGUCGUCCUCAUGACCGCCGGCUACGAAGCCAUCCGAGAGAUCUCGCGACGAUACGAAGCCUACUCCAAAGGCGUCAUGGAGGGACCUAGAGGGAGAAACGGUGGUGUGGGGCGCAGUGCCGAGCAGCAGAUGAAGAUUAUCAAGGCUGUUUUGUAUGCUGUGCAGGUGUUUUACUCCUUCUUCAUCAUGCUACUUUUCAUGACGUACAACGGUUGGGUUAUGCUUGCUGUUGCUGUGGGUGCUUUCGUUGGAUACUUGAUGUUCAGCCAGUCUUCGUCGACAAAGUCGGUGGCAUGCCAUUGA